AUGAGCGUUGCCCAAUUCCCCUCCCCUGCUCCAAUCGCAGCCCCCUGCUCAGACCCCAGUCGUUCUGUCCCUCUCGGCGACAGCAACACUCCAGAUUCCUUCCAGCAGUCUCCCUGCCCACUUCAACCAGACGCUAUCCUCGGAAACUCAAGUAAUGGUGCUGCGGUCGCCGGCUCGAUAGCCCCUCCCCCCGUAGCAGUGUUACCGCCAGAUGGACCGCUGCCCCAUUCCUCAGCCCCAGGCUGGAGUCUAACCUCACUGACCAUCCUCUACGUUCUUCUUCUCUGGAACGGCCCCGUGACCCCCUCAGCAGCCCUGUUCGACUCACACGGUCUCCGCCCUAUGCCCUUCAUCGCGGCCGAUUUGGUCACAGUCGCCGCAUGUCUGGGCAUGGCGCUCGCGCUCGAGUUCACAGGUCCCGCCCUGGGAAUGGGCAUAGCCGUCGUCUCCGCCACGCUUGGGCUGGUGCUCUUCGCCCUGUCCCGGAACGCAGAGACGCUGAGCGCGGGGCAGGUGUUCUACAGUGUUGGCUUCACUGGCAUCCGACUCGUCAUCGACGUGCUUAUCGCCGACACGGCAGCGUUGCGGAACCGCGCCCUGGCUUAUGGGUUGGCUGGCUCUCCGUGGGCCGUAACUGCGUUUGCUGUCCCGGCUCUACGCAAGAGGUUCAACAUCUCGAACGAAGGGAGGAAGAUGCGGCUCGCCAUCGCAGCGUUCACGGGCAUCAUCCCCCUGUUUGGUGGGGUUCUCGUCCUGUACCUGUGGCACCACAAGCGCACCCACCCGGUUCCAGUCGCGAAAGAGAAGAUCCGGCGCGACCUCCGCGUACUCAAGAUCUUUGACGUGUGUCUGCUCGGCUUCUUCCUCAUGAUCCUCUUUGUCUUCCUCUGGCUAGUCCAGAUGGGCUUAAUGCCGUGGUGGGCCGCACUGAUAGCCCUCAUCUCUUUCUUCAGCACUGUUGUCUUUGUCGCAUUCUCCCGCUCCCCCUGGGUCAGGAAACAGGCCAUCAAGUUCUGGUUGCCCCGCCUUCGGCGCGGACUGCCUGACGCACCCAUGCCGGAACCCAUUAAGGCGCUUCUGGUCGAGUUCUACAACCGUCCCCAGUGGGAGAGGUCGGCGCAGAGACUGCACCAGUAUAACCCUCUCAAGGGACGGACCAUGUGGGCCGUAUGCAUUCUCGCCAUGACCUGGAAGUUGCCAUUCUACUGUCUCGGCGAGGUCCUCAUGAUGGCGGCCCCUUCGCUCGAUCACUCCGUUUCGCGACUUGUCUUCAGCCAGAUCCUCCUCGCCAUGGCCCGCUCGUCCUUCGAAGCCGUGAAGGAGGUCGCCAUCCUUUCCUCCUCUGAGCCGAUCGACACUGCCGUCGUCCUCGCCAUCCUCAGCGUGUGCGACAAGGUGGGUGGCAUGAUUGGUUCGACCUUUUCGGACAUUGUUUGGGCCGAGGCGCUCCCAGACGCACCGCGCAGGUACCUCUCGGCAGAGGCUAUUCUCAGUGCUGAGAGAGUGCAUCCCGAGCUCCAGAGACAGCUGUCCCUCCCUCCUGGAAGCGCCGAGCGAAUAGCUAUCCAGCACACAUACGACGAGGCCCAGAAGAUCACGCUUAUCAUCGGCAGCGUGGCGAUGGUUUUUGCUCUGGCUUGUGCUCUGGCUAUGCGGAAUGACAACAUCCUGAAGAUCAGACUCCCAGAUGUAGCGCUGUAG